AAGAAAGAAGACAACCAGCCAGAUGAUGCUUCUGCAGUCCCAUUUCAACUGAAUGACACUCCAAGUCGGUCACCCAAACGCCAGCAUUCUGUGCGUCACCACCAGGACAGCAAAUCCAAGCAGAGUCGCUCAAGCUCAGGUGUUGAUAGUGAUUUCUCUCCACCUGAUGUUCCUACCAUGCUUUCCAAGAUUUCCAGUGCAAUUAAGUCAUCUCCAAUAGGUAAAAUCCAGUCAUCUCUGACAGAUGUUGAAAUUAUGGGGAAAGAGAACAUUGGGAAGCACAGGAGAGCUGUAUGGGUUUGCAAGAGGUGUACUCUUGAAAAUCCAGCUGCAAGAUCACGUUGUGAUGCCUGUGGAGGUCCACGAAAAAUUGAUAUUCCAGAUGUCUCUCUAAUCUGUUCAAAUGGCGCUUCAGGUGGAUUCCCCACAUAUAGUCGCAGAAAUAAGACCUCAGAAAGAAGAGCAGUUUCAGAAAUUUGUAGUGAUGAUGUUGCUAGGUCAUUGGUAAAUUUGACAUCACGCCGUUCAUCAUCACAUAGUCCUCCCACUGCUCAUUCCAAUCGCUCAUCCAAGAUGUCAACUUCACCAGAUGGAGAAUAUGUUUCUCUGCGAUCUCCAAAUGACAGCAAUAGUGCAAUUGCCAAGUUUUCUAAAACAUCCCAGAAUCGAGAAAUGUCACGUGUCAGGCGCCAUUCCUUGCCUGACUCCAGUCCAGAGAGUGAGUGGGAGUGUAGCAAGUGCACUUUGAGGAAUUUAGGGAAUUUAACAUCUUGCUCAGCAUGUGGAGGGUCCAAAAUCAGGAGCUUGUUUGGUGCCAAUGACAGAACCAUGAAAAGAGGUGAAUUUUGGAACUGCAGCCGUUGUACUUUGAAGAACCCCCUGAGCGUCCGCAAAUGUCAGGCUUGUCGCAUGCGAUUUGAUGGGACUGAUGGAAAGGAAAGCAGAAAAGACCAUUCUUCCCAGUUUUCAGGCUUGAAAACUCGAAGAUCUGCACCUUCUCUUUCAACAGUGGGUGAUGAAACUCUUCCAGAGCAAAUCCGUUCUGUAUGUGGAGGAACUCAUACUCCAAAUGCUCUGGACUCUCCCAACUGGGCCUGCCCAGGCUGUACAUUUCAGAAUCCAAGCAACUCCAUCAUCUGUGAAGUCUGUGGAAGUUCCAGGAGUCUUAUGACAUUUAGACCUAUGUCAGGAGGUACAGCACAAAGAGAAAGUGCCUUGAUGGAAGAUCUCCGGCUUGUUGAAGAAUCUGAUGCCAGGCAACAAUGGAGGGAUAUAGUUGCAUAUUGCCGUCUGAAUAAGAUCCCCUUUGUUGAUCCAUCAUUCCCUCCUGCUCCAAAGUCCCUCUAUUACAAAAUGAAAGGGGCAGGUGACAGAAGUGAAGUUUAUCAAUGGUUGAGACCUAAUGACAUUGCCACGGACAUCAAUCCUGGUGUAAAAUGGGCAGUGUAUCGUACUCCCCUACCUUCUGACAUCACUCAAGGCAUUCUAGGGAACUGCUGGUUUUUGAGUGCCUUGGCUGUCUUGGCUGAACGUCGUGAGCUCGUUGAAAGAACCAUGGUGACACGACAAGUUUGUCUAGAAGGGGCAUACCAAGUACGUUUGUGCAAAGAUGGUCGGUGGACCACAGUCCUUGUUGAUGAUCUCUUACCCUGUGAUCGACGUGGCUACCUGGUGUACUCUCAGGCAAAGAGAAAACAGCUAUGGGUCCCUUUGAUUGAGAAGGCAGUGGCAAAGCUGCAUGGCUGCUACGAAGCACUGAUUUCUGGACGUGCCAUUGAAGGAUUAGCCACUCUAACUGGGGCUCCAUGUGAGUCCCUGUCUCUCCAGCCAUCUUUGGGGUCUUCUGAGGAGAUAUUGGAGCCUGAUCUCAUCUGGGCCCAGCUGGUCUCCAGCCGUGAAGCUGGGUUUCUCAUGGGGGCCUCAUGUGGUGGAGGAAAUAUGAAAGUCUGUGAUGAAGAAUAUCGACAGAUGGGUUUGAGGCCCAGGUAUUUCUUCCUGAAUUCAUCUAUCUUGCCUUUCUCUGAUGUUAGAGACAGAGUGGGUUCCAUGAGAGUAUUUUACAGACAUGCUUACUCAGUGCUGGAUGUGCAAGAUGUGAAAGGGGAGCAGUUGCUUCGCAUGAGAAACCCAUGGGGUCAUUUCUCUUGGAGAGGAGAUUGGUCCGAUGAGUGUACAAGAUGGACCAAUGAGCUGAGACAAAAGUAUAUGCCUCAUGGAGCAGGAGAGGGAGUGUUUUGGAUUCCUUUCAAGGAUGUCCUCAGGUAUUUUGAUUGCAUCGAUAUCUGCAAGGUGCACAAUGGCUGGAGUGAGGUGCGAUUGCAGGGGCUGCUUCCACCAUGCACAUCUAGUUCCCAUUCAUCUGUUAUCAUCCUCACUGUCCUUGAGUCUACUGAGAUGGAGCUGACUCUCUUCCAAGAGGGACAGCGAAAUAUCUGUCAGUCCUCCACUUGUCCACCUCACUCUCAACACAAUUCCAAGUGGUAUGAGAGCACUGCCCACAUGUUUGCCAACAUUUCAUGCAUGAUGCUGACUUUCAUAUUUCCUCCACCACAUGAGGCCCCCAUGAGAAACCCAGCUUCACGGCUGGAGACCAGCUGGGCCCAGAUGAGAUCAGGCUCCAAUAUCUCCUCAGAAGACCCCAAAGAUGGCUGGAGAGACAGGGACUCACAUGGAGCCCCAGUGGUGACGAACGUCAGAGAGAGAGGUGUAGUUUUAACGGAACUGGAGUCUUCAAGAUCUGAUAGAUCCCAGUUGGACCUAUGCAUUCUAGUCCUGCGAACCAGCACUGAGAGAUCAGAGCAGCCCAUCAUAGGGAACCAUGUGACUCAUUCCAAGAGACAAGUUAGAGGCUUUGUUGGCUGUCACUCAGUGCUUGAGACUGGCCAGUACCUUGUCUGCCCUCUGUCUUUCAAUCACUGGAAUACUGGUCUGGAAGAUCCAGAGCAGUAUCCCAAAUAUGUCCUUGCUCUGCACAGUUCACGCUCAGUCUUGGUUGAGCAAGUGGCUCCACCUACAUACCAUCAUGCUGAUGCCAUCAUAGCACUUACUUUGGCCAAGGGACAGAGGCAUGAGGCACGAGAAGGAAUGACAGCAUAUUACCUGACCAAGGGCUGGGCAGGUCUCAUAGUGGUGAUAGAAAAUCGACACCCUGAUAGAUUCAUCCAAGUCAUAUGUGACUGUGAGCAGAGUUUCAAUGUAGUCUCAACGAGAGGAGAGCUGAAGACUAUUGACUCUGUUCCCCCAUUGCACAGGCAAGUGGUGAUAGUGCUGACUCAGUUGGAAGGGAGUGGUGGAUUCACAAUUUCCCAUCAUCUUUCACAUCGAGUGAGGUCAGAUUCAGGACUCCAUGACUGGGGACCUUUGGGUGUGAAUCACAUACCAGCUCUCACACAUUCUGUGUCCAGUCUUCAUAUUCCUCGGCCCAUCUGAUCCCUUCUUUUGUCAUGAAAUGCACUUAAAAGCAUUUUCUCUCCCAUCCUUUGUAUGUGACCCUCAUAGAUGAGAAUCCUUAACCAGCUCUAGGGCUAUAGUACUUGGAGACUGUGUAAUGGCACACUUUUUGUUCCCAGUUACCAACCUACUUACCUAGUCCGACAUCAAUGACUGCAUGAAGUGACCUUACUCCAGUUGCCAUGACUCCAGUACAAACAAUUGACUGUGACCCUAUUCUAGGGUGACCUUUCACU